AUGUCUUCAUCUGCAGACUUUUUGGACAAGGGAGUAGACCUUGUGAAGAAAGCCAUUGAAGCAGACAGCAAUGCACGCUAUGAGGAAGCAUACCAACUAUACUACAAUGGUCUUGAUUACUUGAUGUUGGCACUUAAAUAUGAGAAAAACCAAAAGGCCAAGGAAACCAUCAAGGCAAAAUUCACAGAGUACCUCUCCCGAGCAGAAGAGUUAAAGGAACACGUUGUGAAUAACAACAAUAAAGACCAAAGUUCCGAGCUGAGUCCUACCAAUGGUAUUUCGAAAUCAAAACAAUUGGACCCAAAUUCAACAAAGGAUAAAGAAGACGAUAACGACAGCAAAAAAUUACGAAACCAGUUAGCAAGUUCAAUUUUAUCUGAAAAGCCUAAUGUGAAAUGGUCCGAUAUAGCAGGUUUGGAAGGAGCCAAGGAUGCCCUAAAGGAGGCAGUUAUUUUGCCCGUCAAAUUCCCACAGUUAUUUACAGGUAAACGUAAGCCUGUUUCAGGAAUACUCUUGUAUGGACCUCCUGGUACUGGUAAAUCCUACCUGGCAAAAGCAGUUGCAACUGAGGCUAAUUCAACGUUUUUCUCUGUUUCCUCUUCUGAUUUAGUGAGUAAAUGGAUGGGUGAGUCAGAACGGUUGGUCAAACAGUUAUUUUCAAUGGCUAGAGAACAAAAACCUUCAAUUAUAUUCAUCGAUGAGGUGGAUGCAUUAUGUGGACCUCGUGGUGAGGGCGAGUCUGAAGCUUCUCGUCGGAUCAAAACCGAAUUACUAGUUCAAAUGAAUGGUGUUGGUAAUGAUUCUCAAGGUGUUUUAGUUUUAGGCGCUACUAAUAUACCUUGGCAGUUAGAUUCUGCAAUUAGAAGAAGAUUUGAAAGAAGAAUAUAUAUCCCAUUACCCGAUGCCGAUGCAAGAUUGGAGAUGUUCAAGUUGAAUAUAGGUGACACGCCAACUACUUUAACUUCUGCAGAUUAUCACACUCUGGCAAAUAUAACAGAAGGUUAUUCCGGCCAUGAUGUAGCUGUUGUUGUUAAAGAUGCCUUGAUGCAACCAAUCAGAAAAAUUCAAUCCGCUACACAUUUUAAACAAGUAGGAACACAAUAUCAGCCUUGCUCCCCUGGUGAACCUGGUGCAAUUGAAAUGAAUUGGAUGGAACUGGAAGGUGACCAAUUACUAGAACCCGACUUAUGCUUGAACGAUUUCCUAAGAGCUGUGAAAACUAAUAAGCCAACAGUCAACCAAUCAGAUUUGUCUAAGUUUGUUGAGUUUACUAACGACUUUGGGUCUGAAGGUAAUUAA